GUGAAGGCGAUAGGUGACUCUACUGGCGAGCCUCGAGUACGACGCACGCCUCGCCUCUACACCUCAACUUAGCUCGGACAGAUGUGUUCGAAAGUGAAUUUGUUUGCUUGAGUGAUUCGACAACCGAAAGGGAGUAGACCGUCGCGGGUGUACAUUGAAAUGUGAAUUUUGUGUGUACAGUGUUAAAAUUGAACUUUGUUCGUACGUUGUUGUUAUCCCGAUGAAGUUUCUCGUGUAGUCACAACUGUUUGCGGAAUUAGAUUAUUGAAAAUCUUUCGCCAUGGAGACGGAGGAGUUGACAAAACUUGUCGAUGGCAUUUACAAGAAUAUUUUGGACAAAUUUAAUCCAGGUGCUCGUCAGAUGAUAACGGCCGGAAAGGCCUACUUAAAGGCUUUACACGGUGCGGCCGCCGCAUCGAGGUUGUAUGUCGAUGCAGUGGGGAAGCUUGGCAGGCAGGCACAACAGGGCACAUGGGGAGGAUGCGCCGAUAUAGGAACUGCUCUUAUGAAGGUGGUAGAGGUAUACCGAGAAAUACAAGAUCAACAAAUGAACAUCCUAAAGGCGUUUUACGUAGACCUACUGGUCCCCUUGGAAACUAAUCUGGAGAAAGACACAAAAGUAGUACAGUCGGAACAAAAGAGGUUUUUACAACAACACAAGCUGAGGUCAGAGAGCUACAGUAAAGCUGCAGCGACAAUUAAAAAACAACGGAAGAAGAAACCUAAUGUUACUAAAGUUGGAUCAGCUAUGGACAAGGAGAUGAAGAACAUGCAGAUACUAGAGGAAGAGAAGACUAAAUUGGAUGCGUUCUGCGAACAAAGCUUGAAGAACGCUAUGACACAGGAACGUCGUCGAUACGGCUUCGUCCUUGAACGGCAAUGCUCCUUGGCUAAACAUUGGUUGGCUUACCACACCGCGGGCGCCACUGCCUACAACUCUGGACUUGAUGAAUGGCUUGAAGUAUCCCGAACCCGUGAAUUCCUGCCACCCAAUGUUGAAGCUAUGUUCGUUAGCAGAAUGAGACAAGUGUCAUUCUGGGCUGAUGAAGACGUAUACGCCAGUCCACGCGUCGGUGAUGAUGAUGAUCGAGCUUCAGUAGGAUCUGCUUUGCGUAAAACUAGAUCAGUGGACGCUUCAUGCCUUGACGUCAGGUCUAUUGGAGACCUGGGCUCACCAACUCAAGGACUAUCAAGAGCCAAAUCCGAUUUCAAUCUACAAGCGAGCUCAAAUAAUGAUGAUUCAGCAACAGAUACCCGUACAGCUACCCGACCUUCCUCUCUUGCCCCGCCGACCUGCACUACACGAGACCCACCACUGGCCCGAGCUCUAUACGCCUACGCAGCUGCCGGAGACAACCAGCUGAGCUUCCAACAAGGAGAUGUAUUAGCACUGCUAGGAGAAAGGACGAAAGGGUGGCAAUAUGGCGAGAACUUGCGCUCGCAUCACGCUGGAUGGUUCCCACUCGCUUACACUGAACCUAUACCGUUUGAUGAAGCUGGCUUUUCCAGCAGAAAUUCACCAGCCCGAUGGAGCUGCGUACAAACGCCAUCAGAAGCUCCACCGCCCGCCCCAAUGGCACAUGCGCAGACUACGCCCUCAGCCACAGUGCACACGCACUCACAUCCAUCUACUCGUAUGUUUGGCGAUACUGUCACUGCUCAUCAUGUUACUAAGGGACGACUUGGUAGCGGCUCACCAGGAUUGCCGCCGACUUUACCAGCACCCUCACCCAGCGCGCUUAGCACUUCAGCAAGUGCCACAUUCCACGCUUCUACUCCAGCCCCAGGUGCCACCACUGCCAUCAAGAAUUCUACAUCAUCAGCCAGCUUUACUACUCAUGCUGUUAUAGAAACUAGGAGUUUUGGUCCACAGACUUUACCUAUGCGUUCUCAGGUGGCCCAGAAUAAAGCAGGUCCUGCUAAAACGGUCGUGAGUGCUGUUGGUGCUGUAGGAAAUGUAUCAUUGCACAGCUCCAAUGACUCAGGAUUCUCCAACGAGCCGCCGCCACAGCCCGAUGUAGACUACAGUGAUGAAGAAGCUCAACGGCUCCGUGUGCCGAUCAGUAAAUCUGCUCAACAAAACAUCGAUAAUAGAGCGUAUUUGCUUAAAACUCAAAGCUUGAAACGAGGCCCUAAACCCAACAAUACUGCUAACGGAUACUUGACCGACGAUCAACAACUGAUGUUGCGUAACAUGCUGGACAUGGACAAGGACUCCCAAAAGGUGAAAAGAACAAAAUCGUUCUGGAAAUUUGGACGCACUACUGCUGAAGAAAUAAUGGAAGGAAUGUCGCUCUGGCAACAUCGUGAUAUUGUUGAUACUGUCCCUGAGUAUAAAAAGAAGCUCUUUGAAAAAAUGAAGAAGGAAUUGCGACCUGCACCAGAUAUACCAAAACAAGCUAGUCCUGAAAAAACCCCGCCAACUGAAAACGGACAACCGCCACGUCCAAAAGAAACGAUUGAUAGGAAAGAUGUGAAAGCUGUUAAUGGCAUUCGCCAAGCGAAAAGUUUAGGAUCUAUCCAAACUGAAGAAAGAAUCGAAAAAAGUCGAAAAACAAUGGAGUACCAGCAUACUCAAACGAUGAACAAAAAAAGUAUGUCCGAGAAAUCUAUAAUUGAAGAAAAGCACGAAGAUUUCGUACCACGAAAUGAAUCAAGGCACUCUGAUUUAACUAACACGAGCACUAUCAAAACAAACUUUGAAAACAGUUUCUAUAACGAUGAAAACGGUGAAGGUUUUGUGAUGAAAACAGUUAAACGAAGAGAAAUUUUACAGAAAUAUGAUAAUGAUAGCAGUUCCGACGUAAAUUCUGUUGCUUCAAGUACUGAUCCAUAUGAUUGUAUAAUUGUAGACGAUCAUAUGAAAUCAAGGAAGCAACAAGAAAUGGAUAGACGUCGGCAGACUCAAAUGAUUGAAGAAGAUGUUAAGAAACGCAAAGAAAAUGCUUAUAUGCCAGAGUUUGAAGAAAUAGAAGUAACUCCUAUAAAGCCACAUGUUCGAGCGACACUAUCUUCAGAGAAAACUAAAAACUCUCCCCACGAACGAAGUCCACCAAAAACUAUGGAAUUCAAAACGUUCAAAGACAGUUCAAAGGAAAUCAAAACAUUCUCUGCCUCAUCUGAAACUCUUAAGUACAAAGAUAAUGAACAACAUACCGAUCGAUAUGGUAUGCCCAUAGAACGAAACAACAACGAUGUCCAUAACGAAGAUAUUUACAAUGGGCACGAUGAAGGAACUUUAAAGUACAAAAAACGCUCAAGUAAUGAUGAAAAGAAUCACCAAACAAAUACUGUUGAAAAUGGAAAGAAUCACAAGAAAGAGUACCCUCAAGCCGAAGUUAGAAACCAGAGGAAAGAUGGAAGGCCAUAUGAGUCUAAUCGAGAACCAAGAAUUGAUUACUCCUUAGACAGACGCCAAACAAGGAAAGAAUUCACUGACACGAAAGGCAGGGAGCAAAAGAAAAAUAGGGCGAACAGAAGUUACGACGAUAGCUCUUUACCGUACAAUGGACGCAGAGAAGAAAGGUACUAUGAAUCUAACAUUUCGUACUUCAGUGACCAAGAGAGGAGAUCGUCUCGGUACGACUAUGAGACUGACUCGAAAAAAGCAGAGAAGUCGAAGAUUCGUCAAGAGGAGGCUAGACUUGAAGCGAGGCGUUUUAUCGACCGGCGGAGCGAGGGACCGUACAGUGAAUCUGACGACCAAAAGUUCAACGAAGCUCUGAAGCAGCAGAGACCACAGUUGCUUCCUCGUACUAAGUUAUUGAAGAGACCAUCGGAAGGAAGCGAGAUGUUGCCCGAAGAAGGCCAUACUUUUGGACCCUGGUAUGAUUUAUGGGGACGCGAAACAGCCGUCUACAAAUAAAAUGAAGGAGGCCGCAACAAUUUGCUACGGUAAAGUUAAGGAAAGCUCUAACAAAUGACCGCUCGUCGCCAGCCAUCGAGUAAUGUUUUAUAUGCGUAU